ACGAAAAACCAAGACUGUUAUCGUUAAAAUAAAUCAAUCUGUCGCAGGAGCUUGGGCUUCUGUACGGCUAGUGUGCUGCAGCUUCCUCUAAGAGGAUUCCAUCAAUAAACGUCCGCAAGGCAAUCAGGUCAAUGGAAAUCUGGGGAUUCGCGAGGGCUGCCAAAGCUGGUGGCAUUGCAACACCAGUGUAGAUAAGAGCAAGUGGAAACGAAAUCGCAAGUGGAGGCAAACUAGGAGGACCAAACGCCACUUCUUGAUUGGGCUGGCCACGCUGGCACAAGAUUGCCGUUCGAUUGGCGUUGAUAGCAUUGAUUUUGAUUCCAAUCGCCACCUGGACAGAAGUAUUGUGCAUCCAACGCCCAAGUUUCGCACGGAGUCGACCCAGGUCGUCAUUCUUGUAGGCGAUCUCAACAAUGACAUUGGGGUAUGCAUGGUUGUCUGCAGCCUCCAGCACCGCUCCUCCAACUGUCAGCCCCGCAGGAGUAAGACAACAGUCUGGUACUUGACCAUGAUUUCAAGUGCGGCAUGUUGGAUCGGUUGCAAGUUUAACUGUCCUUCCAAGCCAGAUGUCGUUCCCUGCCGCUUGGAUUUGCUCGAUGAUAGAGUAACUGAUUUGUCCUGCCGUUUCAGAGUGAACGAAGGACGGGAUGCUGUACAAGACCACUUGUCCUUUCCCCGUUCCAUCUGCAAGGGGCUCAAAGACCCAUCGUCUCACUCGCCCUUCGUUACGGUUGAGCCAUCCUUGGAAAUCGUCCCACGUGAUGGCAGCACACAGAACGACAGGUCCCCAAGAAGCAUCGCCAUCGUCAUCGAUGUUUGGCGCGUUGGCGGGUGGGUCGUCCCAGAUGGCUUGCAGUUUCUUCUUUGCCUCGUCACAAUCUGACACGUGGAUGAGUUGUUUUCGUCGCAGUGCAUUUUGCGAUUCUGCUGGUACCAAGUCUGUGUCCUGUGUCGUGGAUCGCGUUGAUGGAUGUCUGAUACUGCCACCGAAGUCGAUGCGUGGUUUCGUCUUCCUCUCAUUUGCAAACAUCGAUU